AAGAUGUCCUUCUUGUUGCUGAAGCGCACGAGGCACUUUAUAGCGAAAUUGCCACGAACUUCUAUUCAAAGAAACAAGGAGACCCCCAUUUCAAAUUAAACCCCAGAGUCAGCCAAGGCCUUACAGGAAAAGUUACCAAGAACGAAGCACAUCUCCCUCACAGCUCCUUGGCUUUCCCUCUGACCAGUGGAUUGAUGCCCAGUUUGGAUGAUGAUCGCUCCAUCAGGUAAAGUAGCCCCUACUUCGUUCACGGCCUAGUUUCUGCUAACGGGAUCACCACAGCGUCCAUUAUGAGAUGCCAAAGUCGAACUUUAUUCACAAGUCUAUGCUACUGAAGGGCAUUUCAUUUCCGCCUCCGGCGCUGACAGCGAGUGACAUCGAGACGACGAAGGGAAAAGCAGCAAGAAGUGGUCGUCAGCACGGUGGUGUUCCGCUGCAAGGGGAUGGUCGUGGCCGUAACUCGUUCAACUAUGCAUCGUCGAGCCAAUAUUCAUCCCAACAACAACCGCGCGGCUCUCAAAAUGGCUACAAUCAAAAUCCCUUCCCUGUCCCUCCUCCUGGCUGGCAACCCCCUCCUCCAGGCACUGGUGGUUUUGCGCGUGGCCCUCCCCCACCACCCCCUGGCACCUAUGGAUCUUAUGGAAGAGGACAUGCACAACCGCCCCCAGGCUACCCACAACCCCAGUCUCAUGGCUAUAACGCGCCGGGCCGUGGCCCUCCGGUAUAUGGUGAUGAUCGUCGACGAUCAGGGGACUCAUAUAGAGGAGAAAAUGGAGAUUCAUACAGAGCACAACGAGACUCGUCCCACGGACAGUAUCGUGGCCGGUGAGCCAAUGUUCGAUAUUUGCUAAUACAAAACUGGCUAAGACAGGGCGUUGCGAAUGGCGGAUUUAAUAUCACAUCCUUGCACUGUGCAUGUCAUUGUAGAAUAGUCGGACUGAAAAUUUGGAAAAGACAAAAAAAAUUAAAAUAUUGAAAACCCGCCCG